AUGGUGACGAUAUCCAACCUCCCAGCUCUUGUUCGGAAGCAAUUCAAAGCUGCGCAAGAGAAUGGAGAUCUCAUGUUUUACGCGACUCGAGUUGAAAUCCUCCAGUGCAAGGGGAUCUCAGUACCUAAUGUCCUCCAAGCCUCAAAUGCAACCGCUCAAGUCGCACAAUUCCAACUCCGUUUCUCUCCCGCCCUUGGGAACAAACCCAUAUCGAAUAAGCCCAAGACGCCGUCAUCGAAACCUUUCGAUCCGUUCGAGGACCCACCAGCAGGCCUCUUCAUCACCGCCCUACCGCCUUUUCAUUAUCUCGUCCUGAACAAAUUCCACAUUAUCCCGAAUCACUUCAUUCUUGCCACCAAGGACUUCAAACAGCAAGCAGAUCUGCUGGAGAAGGAAGAUCUCGAGGCGGCCUAUGCAUGCUUGAAGGCUUACAAGGAGCAAGGGGAGGAGUUAUUCGGCUUCUUCAAUUGUGGAGAUUGUUCUGGUGCAAGUCAGCCUCAUCGUCACAUACAAUUUCUCCCCGUCCAGUCGAUGAAGAGUGGCAUUGAGGAUGGUUCGCAAUGGCACGUCUUGGCAAAUGAUCUGAUCCAGGAACCUAGGCCAAUAUUGCCAUUCUCGUACUUCUCUGCAAAACUUUCAGAAAAUCCAUCCGCCGAGGAGCUUCACCGGAUUUAUCUCAAUCUGUACGACCAAGCAUGUCAAUUACUCCAGAGAAACCCAAACCGAAAUCCAAACUUGGAGGCACAAGCCUCGUCUAUCAGCUACAAUCUUGGCCUAACUGACAAAGCCCUCAUCUUGUGCCCUCGUACUUCUGAAGGAACGGCCAUACAGAGUAAGAACGGAGAAAUCAUUGGUCCAAUUUCGCUCAACGGAACCGUCCUUGGCGGCACUCUCUUGGUGAAAAGCGAAGAAGAGUGGGACGCAUUGCGCGACGACGAGUCCAAAUUGACAGACAUUCUGAGUGCAAUUGGGGUUCCCUCUAAACCAGAGUAUGAAAAACGACUCUAG